GAGAACACUGAGAGCACAGUGGAAGCAAGAUGGUUGUGCCGUUCGCUCCAUACUCCAUUUCCAUUGCACUUGUACGUAUAUGCGGUUGCAUUUCGAUAGAACUCAAUCGGACAAGAACAAGUGACGAAUUGAUAAUGAGUUUCAGCUCUUCGGAGCCUCCAACAAUUCCCGAUUUGUCUUCUUCUUUCCCUUCCUUUCUCGAGAUACUCUGCCGUCCUCCUCGAGGCUUCAAAACUCCCACUAAUUUCAUUGUUUUCUUCUCUCAGUUUUCAUCUCCAACAUGAGCAAUUUCGAUGCAUUUGCACAGAAUCAACAGCAUGCAUAUAUUCGUUCUAGAGAUAAUCCAUUCUUUGAUGGCCUUGUAAGACCGACACUGGCAAAAGCUGAUGACCAGGGUCCCUUGGAGUCUCAAGGAAUAUCAAUCAGCAGGAAUGUUUUCAGAUCUUUGUCAGAUAUACCUGAAGAGGUCAUGGACUUGCCACUGGAAAAUUUAGCUGUCUCGGGAUUCAGUUCUAGAUCUGUUAAACGCUCUUCUUCUGAGAGCCUAGAUAUUCAGUCUGCAGUGAAGGAAUUAUAUUCAAAAUAUCUUGGUGAUGAUUGUAGCCCUAGGAAUCCUGAGAAGACAUACGUUGUCUCCGAAACAAAAGAAAAUCUGUCAGGCAUCUCAUUUCCAGUAUCUGCUGGCCUUUAUUAUAAUGGGCUUUCACCAAAACUGGAAAUUGUUGAAUCAUGUGAAAGCCUUAUCAAGCUAAAUGCAUAUUUGAGAGAAAGAAAAGAUGAUGUGAAUGCUGGUGUCCCUGGGAGAUUCUUACAUGCUGUUAUGGGUAUAGAUAAUGCUGAUGUUGGAGUUGCUGCUUCUACCAUCAUGUAUGCCUUCUACCUAAAUGAAACUUUGAGAAGUGCUCAAUUCUGCACGGUGCCAGUCAUUAACAUUAAGCGGGCAAAUCUUGGUUCCCAUGCAGAACUCAAGUGGUUGCUUGAUUCAUGUCAAAUUGAUCAGUCAUCCUUAAUUUUUGCAGAUGAGAUUGAUCUGUCAUAUUAUGAUCUAUUUGGAAGUCUUAAGAUCGUACUGGUGAAGAGCAGCAAAAUUGCCCAUAGGCAAGAGAAGUUAAAGCAUGCAGUGGUUGAAAUCUUUCACUGCAUAAAGGGUGACACUGUAUAUCCUUGGGUUAAAACUGUCACCAGAGGAGAGGAAUGCUCAUGCUGUACUGCCAUAGCUGAGAAGUUUGCCAUGUAUUCGCCUGAAAUGCUGGCCUGCAGAUCGUUCAGUAGACUUUUGUUAGCUGGAAUCCUUCUGGAUACUGAUAAUCUGAAAGACCCUCGUUGCACCUCCAAAGAUAAGUACAUGACUUCCCUAUUGCUCAAUGGCGCUGGCCGAUUUGGAUGCAAUGGUCUCUACCAAUUAUUGAAAUACAAGAUGCAUGAUGUCUCUACUCUACAACUAGCCGAUAUCUUGCGAAAAGACUUUAAGAAGUGGACAGAACUAGAAAGUUCUGAUGGAAGAUCACCGUCGGAAAUUGGCAUGAGUUGUAUUGGAGUUUCAAUUGGACAGCUUCUCUCCCAUCCUGAACAUCUAGUGCAAGAAAUACAAUACUUCCUAUUAUCAGAGAAACUCAAAGCCCUUAUCAUUGUUUCUGGAUACUACAAUGAGGAGAAGAACUUCAAGAGAGAAAUAUUAGUUUCUGCUGAAUCUGUGAAGCUACUAGAGAGCAUGAUCUUCUUCUUCGAUUUCAAUGCAUCCCGGCUGCCACUUAAAAGUUUAAAUAUACCAGGUCUGAACAAAGAAAUGAAGGCUUUUGAGAUUGACAAGAUUACACCAAGGAAAACGGUAGAACAUCUGAUAGAAGAGUUUGUUGGGAUAAGAAAAGCCUGAGGCAGGUUUCCGAACUAGAAAUUUGAGUAAAUUUGGUGACAAUAAACUUAUUUGAAGACAGGAAAAUAGAGACAAAUGGGUCCAUGAAUAGUAAGAAAAGAUCAUAGCAACCAACUUUCACUUCAAAUGAUCACACUUGCUGGUUUAGCAUCUGUGAUGAUAUUUCAAAGUCAGUACUGUAUUUUGUAACAGAAGCCCAAGUUUGAUAUUCACUGAUAAACUUAAAGAGAGUUUCUUGAAUUUCCAAGGUGUUUGUUACAAUCGAAGUUUAUUCAUUUAUAAACAAGAAUAAUAACAUCAUAUCUUUCACGAUAGUUUGGACA